GGACGAUAAAGUCAUAUCUUAGCUAAACGAUGAAAAAAAUUAUUGUGCUAUUUGGAGUUAUCGCCUGCUCUUGCUGUUCCAAUUGGAAUUUCGAAAGCCAUGGCGGACAUGGAAUUACUUUGGGAGAGAUUUCUAUAGACCAUCAUGACAUGGGUGUUUUCAGUCUUGGAAAAACAGACGGUCACUCUUUAAAUUUCUUGGAUGAUCAUUCGUCAUUUUUAAGUAAUAUUAAUGGAUGGCAUUCGGAUAUCAGCAGCUCUCACGGAGGCCAUGUAAUUCCUGUUGUUAAGCAUAUCGGAAUACCGACGAUCAAAAAAAUUCCAUUGAAUGUUCCACACCCAGUGGUACAAACGGUCAUACAGCCGUAUCCUGUUGCUGUGGUGAUACCGAAGCCUGUACCAUUUGAGGUGGAGAAGCAAGUAAUUAAGACAGUCGAGAAAAAAGUGCCGACGCCUGUCGAGAAAAUAAUUCCGGUUAAGAUCGAGAAGUUAGUGCCUUUUCACGUGGUGAAACACGUGCCCAUACCAGUCGAAAAACCGUUCCCAGUCAAGAUACCGAUCUACAAGACCAUCGUCCACAAAGUCCACAAAGGCCAUUGA